AUAUAUAUAUAUAUAUAUAGUCUCGAAAAUGUCGGCUCUGCUUAAUGCCACGGCUCAGGCAGCCGCGCAGUUUACGUUCCAAACCACGGAUUAUAUUGUGUUCGCUUUUAUGCUCAGCAUAUCGGCGGGGAUCGGUGUUUAUUUCGGAUUUUUUAACACGGGUGAGGAUACCACGGAGGAGUAUCUGAUGGGUGGCAAACGGAUGAAGACCAUACCGAUUGCCAUUUCACUGGUGGCCAGUCAAUUGUCCGCCAUCUCCAUUAUGACUGUGCCAGCGGAGAUGUAUGCCUUUGGCAUUAGUUGGACAUUUCAUAUAGUCAGCAUGAUUUUGGUUAUACCGAUUCUUAACUAUAUCAUAAUACCCGUCUUCUACAACAACAACAUUACCAACUGUUAUGAGUAUUUGGAAUUGCGUUUUAAUCGCGCCACGCGAAAACUGCAAACUUUCAUAUUUGUGCUUUAUUUGUUUUUAAUGCUGCCGAUUUUUAUAUUUUUACCUUCAUUGGCUUUUGCACAGGUUACCGGCUACAAUGUGCAUAUUAUCAAUACUAUAGUUUGCAGCAUUUGCGUUUUCUACACUAUGAUUGGCGGCAUUAAGGCCGUUGUUUGGACGGAUGUGGUUCAGGCAGCCAUUAUGGUCAUCUCGGUGAUCAUGGUGGGAAUUAUGGGUGCCUAUCGAAUCGGUGGAGUUUCCGAGGUCUUCCGCAUUGCUGACGAAGGUGGACGCUUCGAUAUUGACUACGCCUUUGACCUGAAAACAAGGAAUACAUUCUGGAAUGUGUUCAGCACGGCGCUCAUCGCCUGGUCGGGUUACGUGGGCCUCAAUCAGAGCUGUGUGCAACGCAUCGUUUCACUUCCCUCACUGGGACAUGCUCGAAGAGCUCUGGUGUUGUUUGGCUUGGGCUUUACGCUCGUCAUGAGUUUCAAUUGCUUUACGGGCAUUGUGAUGUAUGCCCGUUACCAUGACUGUGAUCCCCUCACUCUGGGCCUGGUCAGCAAACUGGAUAAAAUGGUGCCAUAUUUUGUUCAGGAUAUUGUUGGUCAUUUGACCGGAUUGCCAGGCAUAUUUAUUUCGUGCGUGUUUAGCGCUGCUCUCAGCACACUUUCGGCCAGCAUUAAUGCACUCAGUGGCAUUGUUUAUUUUGACUACAUCAAACCCCAUAUCAAACACACCGAACACAAGGCCAAUAUCAUUAUGAAGAUAUUCGUAUUGUUCACCGGCAUCUACUGUAUCUUUGGCGGCAUUUUUGUGGAGCAAUUCAAUUCCAUAUUGCAGAUCUGCUUCUCCAUUGGUGGCACCAGUUUUGGCUCUGUUUGCGGCGUCUUUUUGCUGGGCAUGCUGGUGCCCAGAGCACAUGGUCGGGCGGCUCUGGCUAGUGUCCUGGUGAGCAUUGCCUGCAUGACCUUCAUUGUGGUGGCCAGUUGGGGGCGUAAUCAUUAUGCUCAACUGCCCACAACCAUCGACAACUGCCCGGCUAUUAAUGCAACCCAAACACCAACAACAAUGACAACAACAACAACAACACCUUAUUCAGUAUUUAAUGAGCCAGUCAAAGUUGAAUCUUUGCCAGAUUCAAGUUUCAAUCUGUUGGACAUGUCCUUCAAUUGGUAUAGUGUGAUUGGAUUUGUAAUCACCUGGGUGGUUGGCGUACUUUUAAGUUAUGUCCUGAAACCAGCGCCGGGUACCAAACUGAAUCCCAGUCUUCUAUCGCCGAUAAUAAAGCCAUUUGUUAACUACGCACCGGCCGCAGGUGAGGAAUUGCCCGAGUUGACAAUCGACGAGCAAAAAGAGAAAAUGAUGGAUUAUGGUGCGAGAAACAAUGUUUACAUGCAACCAAUGAGUCGGGUGCAUAUUUGCUUCAUUGAUUCUGUGGGCUACCAGCAGUUAACCAUGUCAAGUUCAACUACGGCGGAGCCAGCUGCAGCAGCUGCUGCUGCUGAAUCCCUUCGAUUUGGCAUUACGGAUUAUACGGUUUUCACAAUUAUGCUCUGUGCAUCGGCAGCAAUUGGAAUCUACUUCGGGUUCUUUGCCAAGGCCAAAAAUACCACAGAGGAAUAUCUGCGGGGUGGCAAGAAAAUGAAAACACUGCCCAUAGCCAUAUCCUUAGUGGCAAGUCAACUAUCCGGCUUAUCGAUUAUGUCCGUUCCUGCCGAGACUUAUACGUUUGGCUUCAACUACAUCUUCGUUGUAAUUUCUAUGAUUGCUGUUGUGCCAAUUCUAAUUUAUAUUAUUGUGCCAGUGUUCUAUGAAAAUAAUGUGUCAAAUUGUUACGAGUAUUUGGAGAUGCGAUUCAAUAAAUUCACUCGAAAAGUGGUGACAGCCACUUUUGUGAUGAACUCGUGCCUCAUGUUGCCUGUGUUUAUGUUUAUACCCUCUUUGGCCUUUUCACAAGUUACCGGCUGGAAUAUUCAUGUGAUUAAUGCAUUGGUCUCUUCGAUCUGUGUUUUCUACACCAUGUUGGGUGGCAUUAAGGCCGUGGUUUGGACGGAUGUCAUCCAGGGUGGCACCAUGUUGAUCUCUGUAUUGAUGGUGGGAGUUCUGGGCACAAUGCAAACGGGUGGAUUGAGUUCUGUGAUGGAGAACGCCAGUGCUGGAGGUCGUUUCAAUUUUGAUCUAAGAUGGGAUCCACGCAUUCGCAUAACAGUGUGGAACGCAUUCUUUGGUGGACUCUUCAUGUGGACGGGACACAUUGGACUAAACCAGAGCUGUGUCCAACGCAUUGUUUCGCUACCCUCUUUCGCUCAUGCCAAAAGAUCGCUAAUCAUUUCGGGUUUUGGCUUCAUCAUGAUCAUGGGAAUUAUGAGCUUUACGGGCAUUAUAAUGUAUGCCAGAUAUUUUGGAUGUGAUCCCAUGUUGGCAGGUCUGGUCAGCAAACCGGAUAAAAUGAUGCCCUUCUUUAUACAGGAUAUAAUGGGUAAUUUGCCUGGUUUCCCGGGGUUGUUUAUCUCGUGUGUCUUCAGUGCCUCGCUGAGCACUCUCUCCGCCAAUCUAAACUCCCUAGCUGGUGUCAUUUAUUUUGACUAUAUUAAACCAUUCAUUCGGCACACGGAGACAAGAGCGAAUGCAACGAUGAAGAUGAUCAUUAUUGGAAUUGGUUUCUAUUGCAUCGCUGGUGGUUUUAUGGUGCAGAAUUUUAAUUCUCUUUUGCAGACUGUGAUUAGCGUCACUGGGAUAAAUACGGGCGCCGUUGUGGGUGUAUUCCUACUGGGCAUGCUCUAUCCUAAUGCCAAUAGUAAGGUGGUCGGAUCGAGUAUCAUAUUUAGUAUGGUUGUAAUGCUGUGGAUCAUUGCCAAUGCACAAAUGAACUUCAAGGCGGGCCUCAUCAGAUACGAUGGCCUGCCCAACAGUUUGGAUCAAUGCGAGGCGCCUCAAUUUAAAACGAUUGCAAAUGCAAUCAACAAUUCAACAAUUUUAACCACAACAGUUUCGCCACAAUUGAUUUCUGGCGCCUUUGGCAGUAAUCGCGAUUUUUCUUUAUAUGACAUAUCAUUUUACUCUUACAAAAUAUUGGGUAUUUCUCUAACAAUUAUCUGGACGGUUAUAAUGAGCUACAUUGUCAAACCGGAUGCAAAGAAGAGACCAAAUCCUAAAGUCUUCUCGCCAUUUGUACGAAAAUAUCUGAAUUUGAAUCCAGAACUGGAAUUGGAAGAGUUGCCUCUGAAGGGAGCACCGCUGAAAGAGGAUGAAGCGUCUGAGCAUAAAAUAGAUAUUACUAAAAUAGAUAAUAUCAAAAAUGAUGUGACAACCGAUCGUUAAAAUAAAAUCGAUUAAUACCUUUAAGUUCUU